AUGAGUUGGGUUAGAGGAGAAACCCUCGGAAAGGGUGGUUUUGGGUUCGCCUCCAUAGCCACAACCAACCAAGAUAAUAAUUUGCCGCCGUUGAUUGCUGUCAAAUCCGCCAAAUGUUCCGAAUGCGAAUCACUGAGGAAGGAGGAGGAGUUGCUCGAAAAAUUACAGUCAUGCCCCUCUAUCCUCCGCUGCUUUGGGGACUCAAUCACAACCGAAAACGGGGAAAAACUCUACAACAUAUUGCUCGAGUAUGCCUCCGGUGGAUGCCUUGUCGAUCACAUCAACAUCAAAGGCCUUCCAGAAAUCACGGUCAGCCGCUGCACGAAAUCCAUACUCACGGCACUCUUUCACAUCCACAAGGCCGGUUAUAUUCACUGUGAUGUGAAGCCUCACAACGUGUUGCUUGUCGGCCAAGACGCCAAGCUGGCGGAUCUCGGGAGCUGCUGCAAGACGAGGUUCAACGAAAAUAGUAGUUGUGAUGAUUUUAGGGGCACGGUUAUGUAUGCGGCCCCAGAGUCGAUAGCCCAACAGAAGUACUUACCGGAGUCGGAUGUUUGGGCCUUGGGCUGCUCGGUUCUACACAUGCUCACCGGAAAAUCACCAUGGACUUUCGACAGCAAGGCCCAGCCGAAGGAUGUUCUCUUCAAGAUUGGGUGCAGUGACCAGAUUCCCCAGAUUCCGACGAACAAUAGAAUAUCCAAAGAGGCUAAAGACUUUAUGGCAAAGUGUUUGGUGAAAGAUCCGACGGCCAGGUGGAAAGUUGAUAUGCUUCUCGACCAUCCCUUUGUCAACAAGGCCGAUCGACCGACAGUUGCCGGAAAAUACCAUCAGCAUCAUCAUCACCAUAGAUUGUCUCAUGGCAUUCACUCUUUGGUGCCUCACUGUUUUCACCACCCAAAAGUGCAGGCCUGUUGA